AUGGAGGAGGCAAGCGACCCAACCAGGUGGUUCUGCCCCUACCCGGCCUGCAAGCGCUCCUUCGCCGAGCUCUGGCGCCUGAAGGUGCACUAUCGCGCGCCGCCGGACGUGCGCGGCAGCGGGCGCGAGCGUGGCCACGGCACCGAGCUCGCGCACUGCCCAAAGUGCGGCAAGGGGCUCAAGCCGGGCAAGCACCACGUCGGCUGCGCCGCGGGCCGCACGGCGACGCGCCACAGCUCAAAGCGCACAAAGUCGGGAUCGCCGGCUGACCGCACUGCUGACGCAGCCUCGGCGGCGGCGGCGGCAGCGGCCGUGGCGCCGGCCGCCCCGCCCACCAAUCAAUACGGCCUGCCCCAGUUCGUGCCUGGCGGCCCCGCGCCGGGAGCCGCGCACGAGUACUCGUCGGGCGCCUCGUUCCAGCAGCAGCAGCUGCUGUCGCUGCAGCGGGAGCAGCAGGAGUUUGCGUCAGACGCAGAGUACCUGGCGGGCGCCGGUGGAAUGCAGCUGGACGGGCGGAGCGGGUACAACUACCACAACCACAACCACCACCAGCAGCAGCAGCAGCAGCAGCAGCAGCAGCAGCAGCAGCAGCAGCAGCAGCAGCAGCAGCAGCACUACCAGCUGUACCCCGGCCACCAGCCCCUGCAACAGCCGCGCGAGCAGCAGCACCACGCGCCCCUCCCCGAGCCCGCGCAGCCGCUGCUGCUGCUGCAGCAGCAGCAGCAGCAGCAGCAGCAGCAGCAGCAGCAGCACCAGCACCGCCACCCACAAGUCCCUGCGGGGGGCGACAGCCACAGGGACGCGGGGGCCGGCGAUCUGGCUGGCCUGUUCCAAGGGGUUGGUGAUGAGUGGGGCUAUAGCGCGCCCUCGCCGCCCCCCGGCCGCCCGAUUCUGAACCUCCGCCCCUCCGCGCCCGCCGCGCCGCCCGC